CUGCCUCCCUUCCUGUCUUUCCAAACUCCUAUUCUCCCUCUCAUCUGCAUCAUACCUCAGUUCUUUUCUCUCUUCCUUCCUCCUCAUUUUAUUUCCCAUCCUAUAUCGUUUCAUGCCUUUUUUCCCCUGCUCCACCUCUUCUGUCCACCCUCGCUCUCCCUCUUCUCCUUCAGAGCCCUUGGAUGAGCAGCGUGUGGCCCAGUUGUUGAGGCGUUUCUCCACCGACCUCAGCCUGGGCCGCCACCUCUCUCUGGACGGGGCGCUGGCCCACCACCUCCACCAGUGCUCCUACCACCUCCGCCUCUUCCGAAACUGGCUCAUCUCCGGCCAGGACCCCGUAGAGUACCUCCACGGCUUCGAAGGCUGCUCCAUGGUACCCUCCAUCUAUCCGCUGGAAACGCUGCACAACUCCCUGUCGCUAAAACAGGUCGCAGAGUUCCUCGCCGGUGUGUGCGAGAGUGCAGGAGAUCCACACACGAGGACUACCAGAGCUCUGCAGUCGGCCAUGUUGGACGCACAGAACCAUCCGUCAGUGGACUCGUACAUCCCCCAGAGAGUCUCUUCCUCCAUCUCUCUCAGAUCUCGUUCUGACAGACCUCCUUGGUACAGCAGCGGUCCAUCCAGCACAGUAUCCAGCGCCGGGCCUUCUUCUCCCACCACAGCAGACACUUCCCCACGCUUCAGUUUCAGUGAUAAGAUCUCUCUCACCCCCCAGAGCAGCGAGGAGACUUACUCGUCUCAAAACAUUUCCAAUCAGCCGGCGCCCGCCUCCGGGUCACAGGGAAAUGACCCGACCACAUCCCUCGCCGAAGUCCCUCUGACUCCUAAUAACUCAUCAGAGGAAGACGGGGAGCUUGGCCCCGCUACAUAUCGCCAGCCUAACGAUCCUGAACGCACACAGGAAGUGGCUCCUCCGGCUAGGGAAGCCUCAGAUCCCUGCCCGAUCCCGCCCUGCUCGCCGUUAGCAGAGCUCACCCUCUCUCGGAUGGAGGGCUACUGCCUCCCCGGCUCUCUGCCCGUGCUGCUGGAGCUCCGGGAGAGCAGCAGCGAGGCAGGCUCCAGCUCCCAGACGCCCCAGUCCCCCGAGUGCCUUGACGAGUUCUUCGACACCCAGGAGUCCAUGGAGCUGUGGAUGGACAGCCCAGAAGAUGUCCCCCAAUCUGAGACGCCUCUAGAUGGUGGAGCAGAGCCGUAGAGCAUGGAGACUUUCAGAACAGAUCCCUGGCUGUCAAUCAUGAGCAGUGAGGCGUUGUACUGUGUGACACUCGCCCUGGCCUCCUCCUGCUUGAUGAAUACUGUGUGUUGAGUAAUAAUGAAUGGGCAGCUGAUCCUCUCACUAGGCUCUGCUUAGAAUAAUCAUAUGACAGUGCCAUAAGUGCUGCUCAUCGCCUUUUAGAAAGCACAUCGGGGCUUUGCCAGUGACGCCACUGAGCAUCCUCUGACAGUCUACUGGUUCUGUCUUUAUAGACGUAGAGAGCCAAGUGUUGUAAGUUGAAGCUUUAUCGUCAAACUCCCUGUUACUGUUGCUUAUUAGCGGUUACACAAACCUUUCCUUAAAGCUGGAUUCAUCAGUUUUGGCCACUGGGAGGCAGAGCGAGAUAUUUUAUCACAUUAUAAAACUGUUUAAACUCGGAUUUGUUCUCCACCCAUAAUCUCAAAAGAAAUGUGCUUAAAGAGGCCUUAAGAAAUAGUUUCCAAAUGUUCUGUGUUCAAUUGAUUCAAAGUGACCGUGGAGAUAUUGAUCAAUGGAACUUUAACCUGUCGUCUUACCUUUUAGCCUUUACCUUUGGACAGAUUACGUUUUCCCAUGAUCAGCUUCCAUAACCUCCAUCAUAGUCCCGUGACGGGUAUCAGGGUUUAUGUCCUGGCAUCGGGGCAAGGGUCCUUUGUUUGUUACAGGAUAAUGUUACUUAUAAGCUCACUUAUUUUAUUAGAAACACAGGAAGUAACUUGCAAGGCCUUGAAGAUAUAAUCUGUGGCUUUUCUGCUCUUCGUCUUACCCCAGUGUGUGUUCUCUUCUGAGCUUCUUAUGUUUAGUAUCUGCGUUUAAAUUUUAAAGAAAAAACAAACAAAAGCGAAAUAUUUGUUUGUCAGAAUGUUUUUGUUAUAAUGUCAGUUAAAAAAAGGCUUCUGUCAGUAAAUCUCCAGGUCAAGCUGCGUACAUCGCCUACAGCCAAAGAAGAUUUAAUAUACUCAGUAGGAACUGAUAGAUAAAAAAACCUUUAUUAAGAAAUGUCAUCUUACUGUAAUACUCUUCUGGUAUUUUUGAUACCCACAUCAGAUAUCUUAUUGUACCAUUGUAUAUGUUUUGGUUAAAUCACCUCGUGAUGUGGGAAAAUAUGAAAGCUAAUUCCUUUUAUCAGCGAACAAACGGGAGGAGCGAUUUACAUUGGAUGUGCUUUUAUUGUGGCAAGCAGGUAUGUAGCAGGUGUGUUUGGGCGAGGGGGGGGCUACACACAUGAUGAUAAGCAAUUCAGGUACCCAAGUACGCUGAAGUGCUAUUCUGUGUUCAAUCAGUGAGAUGUGAUGUUACAUUACGAUAUAGUGUAGAGGGGGGAAACACAGGUUAAAUAUCAGUAAGUAGGGUUUUUUGAUCAUUUCAAGUAUGCAUUUUAAAAAAAGAAUUUGAAAAAAGCAAAGGUUUUGCAAAAGAGUUUAAAGAUCUGACUAACAUAACGUAUGUGUAGUACAAUUCAUGAAACGAGCAUGAAUGUGACAUUUAUACAUAAUGUUUCCCAUACUCUGAAGCUUUAAGGCUCAUCUUGUUGGAUUCUUCUGCAGUGCUUUAUGGAACAUAACUGAAGAGUCAGCAACCGACUGUAUCUUAAUGCGCUCAACUCCAUAUGGAUAGUAGUAGGGAAUGAAAAGUGCAAAAGGUUCGCUUUUUUCUUUUCUAGAAAUUCAUUUAAAAUCUAUGCUACAGUUUGAUAGAACACGGUGUAUCAGGUUGCCUGUAACUACAACACCCUGAGUGAUGUCACCAUGUGAGUCUUGAGGCCUUACUUCAAACCUGAGAGUACCAUAAACCAAACUCUGUUCCCUUCUGCUGCAUCAGAGGAAGGGCAGAAAACUCAGAUACAUGUCUCAACAUUCGGGCUCCAUCGCGAAAUGCCACUAUAGGCUAGAAAAAUCAGUUUUGUAAUUUCUGUGAAUUGACCUUUAAAACCUGCUCAGAGUGCUUCGUGAACUGAAAUCACAUGUCUGACAUUUCUCCCUGUUGGAUCAUCAAGCUUAGGUCAUGCACAAUGUGUGUUUUCUUCAAAUCUGUACUAACUCUACUGAGCUGAUUCCACAAAUGCUCUCUGUCCUGGUUUACACCGCCUGUCUGUGUGAAGCUUAAUCAUUUGGAUUUAGAAUGGUCGUUAUGUGAAACAGACACAAUAUUCUGUAUUGCCUCUAACAAUGUUACAAAUACAGCUAUUGGAGUGUCAUUCAAA